AUGUUGGUUUUGCUCCGGGCGUCAUUGAAACCACAAACUGACUUGGUACAGUUUUCAUCAAGGCCUCUUGCGACGCCGCGCGCAUACUCGAAGCGCCCGCAACUUAAUUACGCCCACUCGGCAUUGCUCAGCCAACAAAGUCGCUCUAUAUCGUGGACUGGAUGGUGGUCCUCUAAACCCUCUGCGCCCGAGAAUCCUCCAUCAAAUCAAGCCGUGAUCGAUCCUGCCUCAUCACAAAUCUCAGAUCUCAAAGAUCCUGUCAAAGCGUCGCUUGCCACAGCAGAUACUCCUGACCCAUCAUACCUGCAUGGUGUACCAGCCGACCAAGCGAAGCCCGAGCUACUGGAAAGAGUUGAAGAUGCAGUCCUUGGGCCAACAGACGGCGCCGCCGACCUCGCCGACAUCUCUCAGAUUCCAGAGCGUAUCGGCUACCUGACCGAGGUCUGUGGCUUACAGUACUGGUAUGGAUUUACUUCCUCUGUGCAAUGGGUGAUGGAGCACAUUCACGUAUGGGGUGGGGUUCCAUGGAGUGUCACAAUCAUUGCUACCGCAGUGCUCAUCAAGCUUUCUUUCUUCAACUUUAACUUGAUGGCGAACAGAUCGGGAACUAAAAUGCGAGAGAUCCAGCCCUACCUUCAGCCCUUAAAAGAAGAUUACAAGGCAGCUGCAAUGAGAGGAGACCGGCAAGAAGCAAUGCGCCUUGGUAAACAAGUGAGGGCGUUGAGCAGGGAGAGUGGCAUCAAGGCGUGGCACGGCUUCUUACCAUUGAUCCAGAUCCCCUUCACGUUCGGCGGAUUCCGCACAUUGCGAAAUGCAGCAGACCUUCCUGUGCCUUCAAUGGAAGCCGAAAGCUUUCUCUGGCUGGACAGUCUGGCCGUCAGCGAUCCAUACAUCUUGCCUGCCAUCAUAGGCAUCAUGACCUAUCGCGGAUUAAACAAACAAAUUGCGAAUAUGGGCGCCAACAAUCCGGGAGCCGGUAUGAUGGUCAUCUUCAAGUACAUCCUGCCGGUGGUCUCGGUGCUUUUCUGCCACUACCAGUUGCUGGCUGUCCAGAUCUGGUUCUUGUCCCAGACAUUGUUGACACAGCUUCAGCUGACGCUUCUCAACAAUGAUACUUUCCGGAGUCGCUUCGGCCUUGGCCCCUCCCCGGCAAACAUCCCGCCCCCGCAGCCCACCGAUGCCUUCGGUUAUCAGACGAAGUCAGACGUUGGUGGCAUGCGGCUCCGUAACAAGACGAUCGACGUUUCUAUCAAACCAAAGCAAGAAGCUGCGCCGGAGACGGCACAGAAUGUCAGUUACAUCGACAAGGCCGUUGGCAAAUUCAAGUCUUCCUUCCAAUCCUACACCAAAGAUGGCCGUGAACUAGCCUCAAGCACCCGUCAAUCACAAGAGGACAAGGGCAAGCAGAAAAGUCUAGAUGCGUACGAGCAACAGGAGCAGGAGAGACAAGAACUGGAGAGGCAAGCGAGGAACCCCAAGCCUCAUUCGAGCCAAAUCGCUGGCAUGAGACUGAAGACAAGAAAGUCUUAG